AUGCGUAUGUCCGCAGCCAGCUUUCUACAGCAGGUAAACUGGCAGCUUUUGGUCAAGCUGAAUGCGGCCAGCAGGAGAGGGGUGCUGGUGAGGAUUGGCAACUUCGAGCUCCGAGUGCCCUUGUACAGUUUCCAGGAUGUGCUUGCUAGGCUCAAGGUGCUUUAUUUGGUGCUGAGAAAGAUUCUCGGCAAUCUCUCAGCGGCCGAGUCUUGGCACUUCCGUUUGCGCUGGCUGCAGUGGGGGGGUCGCCCCGGCCGUCUUCUUGACCGCCGCGCGGCGGAUCUCCUUUGCGGAAGCAGGCUCUUCUUGGAGUGGGCAGAUGCGGAAUCAGGAUGGCUUCUACCUCCGAAGAUCUUCCACGCAGGGCUCCAUUUCAGCCUGGGAGACUCGAGGAGCUGCUGCUGGCCGUCGCUGCCUUUGUGCCAGGGGUAUAUGGUGCGCGUGGUCUCCUCGCUGUUGCCGCGGGAGCACUGGCUCCACUUGCCAGUCGACUCGAACCUGUGGAAUUUAAUGGAACAGGUCAGCCAAGUCUUGCGGUUGGAAGGCGUGCUCGCCACCACUCCUAGGCCAAUGCAUUUUCGGCUGGCAGACUUGCAGCCAUUCAGCGUAGUGGAUCCAGAGGGCCGGCCUGACCGUGAGCAUCCCUUGCUUUGGGAGCUUGCUUGGGCCCACUGCGAGACGAUCUACGCUGAGGAGGCGGCGCGAGGCACGGAUGCAGGAGCUGGAGAUGAAGUUUUUGUGAUCUCGCUCCAGCGAGAGCCCUUCCAGCGGGAUGCCUGCCACAGCCCAGGUACAGAGAAUUUAGAAGCCUCUUCAAAAGGCAGGAACCAUCGCACCGAGAGACGCUCGAGCCAAUGCGAGAGGUUGACAACCCGAGAGUUGGAGCGACCGCGGAACGGAUCGUCCCACACUUCGCUCCAAUCCUUAUCCCCGGCACCCAGAAGUGCCGGCAAUUUGAGUUCCAUCCCUUGCAGUCAGACGUGCUGCUGGUUGGCGACAAGGAUGGAGCGGCGAAGAUCAUCCAAACGGGCCCAGAGAGGAUUUCAUGCGGCCCUCCCACGCAGGUGGAGAGCAGCGCUCUGCUGGCGCUGA